CACACACACACUCUCUCUCUCUCUCUCUCUCUCUCUCUCUCUCUCUCUCUCGCAGCUCUGCUCUACCUCUGCUCUACCUCUGCUCUGCAUCUUGCGUCCUCUCUCCCUCCGCCUCUGCAUGCCCCUACAGCCGUCCUCGUCGCUUUCCUUUGUGUCGCCCAUCCCAUCCUCAGCCACCUAGAUCCCACUCCGUGCAUGCGACCUUGCGCCUGGUCUCCUCCGAGCAUGCCCAGGAACACGACCGCCUGAACCAAAACCACCACCACUUGCGUGCAGCGUCUCCUGCACCUCGCAUCCAUCCAGCCCGACGCUCUCUGAUCCCGCCAGCGCUGCAGUCCAUCCCAUGGACCAGCAGCAGUGGCCUUCGUCCGUCAUGGACAACGCCGGCGCCAGUCGCUCGACGCGCUACGCCCCGCAAACUAUCCCCUCCCAGCACUACGGCCAGCGAGACCUCACCUCCGUCUCUGCCGCCAAGCAGCAAGACGGCUACGCCCAGCCGCCCUCGGCCCACCGUCCACCAUCCAUGCCGCUGACCUCGCCUUCGGCUCCGCAUGGUCGUGACGGCCACUACAGCGGCGACGGCGACGGCGACAUCAGGAUGGAAGACGCCGACAUGUACGGGAAGCGGGGCCAAGGUGCGCGAGCGGGCCACACGCGCAUGUCCUCCACCCAGCUGGUCCAGCAGGAAGAGUCGUCGGCCGCGAAGCGGUAUUCGCCCAUGAACCUUUCGCCCUCGUCGCCGUACUCGUCGGGCCCCCAGCAGGCCAGCUACCAGAGCUAUUCGCCGGGUGGACAGCAGACCAGGGUUUCGCCCACGCGGUCCAACUCGUUCAUCUCACCCACAAACCACUACUAUGCCUCGCCUCCCUCCUCACGGCCGCACGCUCCCCAGCUUCCCCCCUUGCAAUCAGCCAUGUCGCCGUCGAGCUACCAUCCUCAGUCGUCUGCGCCGCUUCAGCUCCCAACCUUUGCACGCAACGAUCCCAAGUCGCCCGUGCGUGCGACGUCGCAUUCUCAGCCGUCGCAGCAGUCCUCCGCCUCGCGCGGCCCCGUGCCCAAGUUCACAAAAUGUACCAACACCGCCGACCUGGUGCCCAAAAUCAACGAGCAGCCCCCCUUUCGCCGCGCGAACCCCGAGGGUGGGUUUCUCAGUCCGCUGCGUGCAUUGACGACGUCCCUGCCGGACACGUACCGCAUCUGCAACCCGAACUUCAAGUACGAGUCGUCACGGAACCCGCGCCGGGUGCUGACGAAGCCAAGCAAGGGCGUGAAGAACGAUGGGUACGACAACGAGGACAGCGACUACAUCCUGUACGUGAACGACAUUCUCGGCUCCGAGGAGUCCGGUCACAAGAACAGGUACCUCAUCCUGGACGUGCUGGGCCAGGGUACGUUCGGGCAGGUGGUCAAGUGUCAGAAUCUGAAAACGCAAGAGGUGGUGGCCGUGAAGGUGGUCAAGAACCGAACCGCCUACUUCAAUCAAAGCAUGAUGGAAGUUUCCGUCUUGGAUCUGCUGAACAAGCAGAUGGACAAGAACGACGACCACCACCUGCUUCGGCUCAAGGACACGUUCAUCCACCGACAGCACCUCUGCCUGGUCUUCGAGCUGCUGAGCGUCAACCUGUACGAGCUCAUCAAGCAGAAUCAGUUCCGCGGCCUGAGCACGACGCUUGUCCGCGUGUUUGCUCAGCAGCUCCUCACCGGCCUAUCGCUGCUGGGCAAGGCCAAACUGAUCCAUUGCGAUCUGAAGCCUGAAAACAUCCUUCUCAAAAACCUUGAAAGUCCCAUCAUCAAGAUCAUCGACUUUGGAUCUGCGUGCGACGAACGACAGACGGUGUACACGUACAUCCAAUCGCGCUUCUACCGAUCCCCCGAGGUCCUGUUGGGACUGCCCUACUCUGCCGCCAUUGACAUGUGGUCCUUGGGCUGUAUAGUGGUCGAGCUUUUCCUCGGCCUGCCGCUGUUCCCAGGUUCGUCAGAGUACAACCAGGUCGCGCGGAUAACGGAGAUGCUGGGGCUUCCGCCAACGUGGAUGCUGGAGAUGGGCAAGCAGUCCGGCGAGUUCUUCGAGAAGACACACGACGAGUACGGGAGGAGGACGUACAGGCUAAAGAGCAUGGAACAGUAUUCGAGGGAGCACGGGACGAAGGAGCAGCCCAGCAAGAAGUACUUUACGGCGACGACGCUGCCGGAAAUCAUCAAGAACUAUCCCAUGCCGAGGAAGAACAUGAAGCCGCAUGAGAUUGAACGAGAAAUGGCGAAUCGCACCGCGUUCAUCGACUUCGCACAGGGUCUGUUGAACCUGAACCCGCUCGAAAGGUGGACCCCAAAUCAGGCCAAACUGCACCCCUUCAUCACGCAGCAGAAAUUCACCGGGCCGUUCAUCCCGCCUAUGACGCUUCGCUCGAGCUCAAGCAAGUCUCCCGCGCCCGGCGUACAGGAACAGCAGCGCGCAGAAGCCAUGAGCAAACAAAGGCAGCAGCAAGCGGCUGCGCAGGCACAGGCACACGCCCAGGCCCAAGCACAGGCACAAGCACAAGCACAAAGUGCCGCCUACGCUUCUAUGCAAAUGAAUUCGUAUCCGGCCUCGCCGAUGAGUCAGCAGCCGCCCCCAAACAUGUACAACAUGUAUGCCCCCUCGGCUGGAAGCCACCAGACUGCGCCUCCGCCACCCUACCAGCAGCAAUCGGCCGGAGGCUACGCGUCACAACAACAACCACCACCGCCACCACCACCCCUGGGUAGUAUGAUGUCCGCGCAGCAACAGACGCCGCGUUAUCAGCCGCAGCCACCGCCGCCUGGCAACCUGUACGCGCAGGCUUCGACGCGCGCAGGUCGCCAACGCGCCUCAACGCUCGAACAGCACAACACGGGAAUUCCUGCCGCGCUGCAACGGGUUAUGGGCCAUCUGGAUCCCAACGCGCCAAUCAGGCUUCAACCUAGCCCUGCGUACUAUCCACCUCCGCCAGAGGGCGCCCCGGACUCCCAGGGUAACCGAAGGCGGCCAAGCCGUGCUGGACAGGGAGGCCAACGAGGAGCAGGAGGCGGAGGCAACAGAGACUUUAUCAGAACUCUGGAAGACAGGACCCUGGAAGAAGGUUUCAUGACCUCAAACCACUGGCAAUGAAAGACGUUGUUGGGGCCCUUCACACGACCAGUCACUUUGAUCGACAGCGGCAAAGCAGUUUCUUUCUUUCCUAUCUUGGAUGCCGGGCAAACCCAACUGUCCUGGAACUUACAGUCUGCGCCAUCUUCGAGCCGGACGACACGGGAUGCACAUUCGAUUUUGUACGAUUGCAUAAGGGACAAGAAGGCGAGCAUGGCCACCAACGCGCAGAUGGGUAACAGCUAGCUUCUGCGAACUUACGACAAUCCGGCACGUAACGCAGGUCUCUGAUGGACGAAAACCGCAGCGCCGAAGAUGGAAUGCCCGCGGCAAGGAUAUCGGACGUCUGAGAAGAUGACCCAAAUUUGUGCGGUUUUUUUUUUCCUUCUUUUGUUUUUGUCCUCAUGAGACGUUGGUUGAGUGACGUUUGUUUGGGACCGGCUGUAUGUACGUGUAGCAGUAGUGAACAGUUGUUUGACACCAAGGACGGGCUGGACGGGAGGACAGAUAAGCAAACGACGGACAGGAUAUGAGGCACUGAGAGGUUUGUUGCUGUUUCUGUCUUUGGCUAGCCUUGGAAUACAUAUCUAUGCGUAGCAUUCUCUCGAGCAGAGCAGCUUUUCCAAAAGUACAUUUUUGAAAAAAAAAAAAAAGGCCCUGUUGGAGCAAGGUGAGAGAGGUUGUGGGGAUGGACAUGUAGGACGUAGAUUAUUCUUUGACAGGAAUGAAUAAAAGAAAAGACAUGAAGCCCAAGUCUAGGGAGAGG